CGCCCGCCGUUGCAGACAUGGCGGCGUCCCUGGGAGGGAUGUUCACCGGGCAACCUCCAGGUCCUCCGCCGCCGCCGCCCGGGCUCCCAGGCCAGGCGUCGCUUCUGCAAGCAGCCCCCGGGGCCCCGAGACCAUCUAACAGCACUUUGGUGGACGAGUUGGAGUCAUCCUUCGAGGCUUGCUUUGCUUCCCUUGUGAGUCAGGAUUAUGUCAAUGGGACUGAUCAGGAAGAAAUUCGAACUGGUGUUGAUCAGUGUAUCCAGAAGUUUUUGGACAUUGCAAGACAGACAGAAUGUUUUUUCUUACAAAAAAGGUUGCAGUUAUCUGUCCAGAAACCAGAUCAAGUUAUCAAAGAGGAUGUCUCAGAACUAAGGAGUGAACUGCAGCGGAAGGAUGCGCUGGUCCAGAAGCACUUGACAAAGCUGAGGCAUUGGCAGCAGGUGCUGGAGGACAUCAAUGUGCAGCACAAGAAGCCAGCUGAUAUGCCUCAGGGGUCCUUGGCCUUCCUCGAGCAGGCGUCUGCCAACAUUCCUGCACCUCUGAAGCAGACCUAAGCCCUCCUGCCUGUGGUGCAGCCUUGCAGUGUUGCCAGACAUGUUUCCUUACAGACCUGGCGUAUUGGAAGGACUCUGUUGGAUAAUGAGUUAGUAUUAGUUUAUGUCCCUAUUUAUAAGGUAGGGUUUCAGUGUGAAGCCGGGAUGGGCCUUGACUCUGUGAUCCCCUGCCUCAGCUCCUCUAGUCCUCUAAGUUCCUGAAUACUUUAUAAAAUACCUCGUUCUUUGAUAAAUAAAGUUUGGUUUUGUUCUUUUUU